AUGGAAAAUGAAGACAGUGAUAAGUAUUUCUUGUGUAUUUGGUUUUUCAAUUUCAGCAGUAAUCAGUUCUUCUCUGCUGGUGCUUAUGUCAAUGUGAGUGAGAACAACCAGUUGAAGGUCACUAAAUACUGCUCACAUUUUCCCACGAACAACAUCAUCAGGCGAAUUAUUUUAACAGUGUCAACUUUAAGAGAUGUGUUUCUUACAGGAGUCAUGAUAAACACAAGUGCAUACAUGGUGAUUAUCUUAUAUAGACAUCAGAGAGAAUGCAAGCAUCUUCAUAGCAUCAGGCACCUGAGAGCCUCCCCUGAGAAGACCACACAGACCAUCCUGGUGCUGGUGGUUUUCUUUGUGGUCAUGUACUUGGUAGACCUUAUUAUCUCAUCCACAGUCCUGUUGUGGAGGUAUGCCCCAGUCAUCCUGACUGUUCAGAAGUUUGUGGUGAAUGCCUAUCCCACAAUAACUCCUUUGGUACAAAUCGGUUCUGAUAACAGAAUAAUCAAUGUGCUGAAAAACUUGUGGCCAAAUGCCACCAGGCUUUUUAAUAUAGGGUAA